AUGGUGAAUGAUUUCAGGGGUGCACACGCUGCGUUGAAAGAAAAGCAUCUCGGGGCGAAAGCGCAUGUUUAUCUUCAUGUUCUGGCUACACGGCCGGGAUUCCAGCGAAGAGGAGUUGGUGCUCUGUCCAUGCAGUGGGGAGCAGAGAAGGCUGAUGCUUUGGGCUUGUUGUCGUACGUUGAGUCGAGUGCACAGGGGGUCGGAUUGUAUGCUCGGUACGGAUUCGUUGAGGUAGAUGUCUCGCCUUUUGAUGGUAGGAAAUGGGGCCAUGGGGAUGAAUUGAGAGUUGUCAUAAUGGUGCGAAGUCCAAAGGGAAGCAGUAGUUCAUGA